AUGGCAUUUCCAAAUAUGAUAAUGAACUGCAUUUAUUUUACAAUUAUGGAGAUGAAGCUGCUUCAAGAUGAUGAAACCAACAUAGCUCGCCAGACUAAACCAAAUAAGUGGGAAACGAGAGCCAACAGGUGUCCGUUUUCUAUACCUGUGUGUAACGUGAAGGAUGGCUCAAGUCUCAAUGACAUGUUGCACCACCAGGCAGUCAAGAACCAACCAUGCACAUCUAAAGUUUGUGAAGGUUCUGUCAUGACUCCGAAGUCACUAAUGCGCUGUCCCAAAGAUGCUGCUCUUGAAAUCCUACCUCAGGCUAUCGACCUAAUCAACCAAUACUACAAGUCCUUCAAAAUCCCCAAAAUUGAACACCACCUCGCCAGAUUGGAGGAAAUUGCUAUGGAAAUAGGUUCCACAGGAACCUAUCAGCUGACUAUGGAGGAAUUAGUGUUUGGGGCUCGACAAGCAUGGAGGAACGCCCCAAGAUGCAUCGGCAGGAUUCAGUGGUCCAAUUUACAAUUGUUUGAUGCCAGAAAGUGCAAGACUACUCAGGAUAUGUUCCAGUUUCUGUGCGAACACUUACAGUUUGCCACAAAUGGAGGAAACCUAAGGUCUGCAAUUACCAUCUUUCCUCAGAGAAAGGAAGACAGGCAUGAUUUCCGGGUGUGGAACAGCCAGUUGGUGAAGUAUGCAGGUUACCAGAUGCCUGAUGGCAGUAUCCAGGGAGACCCAUCCAGUGUAGAAUUCACUAAGAUCUGUAUCCAGCUUGGAUGGAAACCUCAGUACGGCCUCUUCGAUGUGUUGCCACUAGUACUGCAGGUCAACGGGGAGGACCCAGACCUUUAUGAAAUCCCUCCACACCUGAUCCUGGAGGUUCCCAUGGAACACCCCCAGCAUAAGUGGUUCCAAGAUCUUGGACUGAAGUGGUAUGCUGUGCCUGCGGUGUCCAACAUGCUGCUGGAGAUUGGUGGACUUGAAUUCACAGCCUGUCCCUUUAAUGGCUGGUACAUGGGCACUGAGAUUGGCGUGAGGGAUUUCUGUGACUAUCAGCGUUAUAACAUCUUGGAGGAAGUGGGUCGCAGGAUGGGUCUGGAGACACACAAGCUGUCCUCACUGUGGAAGGACCAGGCCUUGGUGACCGUCAAUGUUGCAGUCAUAUACAGUUUCCAGAAGAACAGGGUGACCAUCACAGACCACCACUCUGCAGCCGAGUCCUUUAUGAAGCACAUGGAGACAGAGUUCCGGCUGCGCGGCGGCUGCCCUGCAGACUGGGCCUGGCUGGUUCCUCCCAUGUCUGGCUCCCUCACCCCCGUCUUCCACCAGGAGAUGGUCAACUACAUUCUCUCUCCCUUCUUCUACUACCAGCCUGACCCCUGGUUGACCCAUGUCUGGAGAAAUGCGGAGAAGUGCCUGAGGAAGCAACAGAUCAGCUUCAAAGCUGUGGCCAGGGCGGCGCUCUUUUCUUCAACCCUUAUGAGAAGAGUGCUGGCUAACAGGGUGCGCUGCACUGUCCUGUAUGCCACUGAAACAGGGAAAUCACAGACAUUGGCCCAGAGACUGAACUCCAUGCUAAACUGUGCCUUCAACUCCAGGUUGCUCUGUAUGGAGGACUACAACUUCAGUGACAUGGAACAGGAGAGCCUUCUGAUUGUGGUAACAAGCACCUUUGGGAAUGGAGACUCCCCUGGAAAUGGAGAGAGUUUUAAGAAGCAGCUUUUCUCCUUGCAGUAUCUUAGGAACAAGUUAAGGUACUGUGUGUUUGGGCUGGGCUCCAGGAUGUACCCACAGUUCUGUGCGUUCGCCCAUGCCGUGGAUGCCAAGUUGGAGGAGCUGGGGGCAGAGCGGGUGACGCCCACUGGAGAGGGGGAUGAACUGAACGGACAGGAGGAGGCCUUUUCUGUCUGGUCUCUCACUGCUCUCAAGGAUGCCUAUAAGGAGUUCAACAUCCAGGGACAGCUGAGUCUGCAGUUCCCUGGGGCAGAGCGACUCUGCGAGGCCUGGGACCCCCUGAGAUACCGCGUAGCACUGGAGAGCUGCCCCCAGGACCUCAUCACAGCACUUUCAGCCAUUCACUCUAAAACUGUCUUCCCCAUGAAACUGAAGAGCAAACAGAAUCUACAGAGCCCCCAUUCAAGCCGGUCCACCAUUCUGGUGGAGCUGGAGAUGGAGAGAAGUGCAGAGGUCAUGAACUUUGCUCCAGGAGACCAUGUUGGUGUUUUCCCAGAGAAUCUCCCUCAACUGGUGGCUGGCAUCCUAAAGUUCCUUCCCCAUACGCCCCCAACCAACCAGUGCCUACGACUGGAAUACCGCUCUGACUCCUGCCUAGAUGACGAGAAAAACUGGCAGACUGUCGAACGCAUCCCAGCAUGCACUUUGUCUCAGGCGCUCACCUACUUCCUGGAUGUGACCACGCCCCCCUGUCAGAACCUCCUCCACAAGCUCUCUCAGUUGGCGAGACAGGACGGGCACCGCCAGCGUCUACUGACCUUGGCAAAGGACUCUCGGGAGUACACGACCUGGAAGACGUUCGGCGUUCCCACCUUCCUGGAAGUUCUGGAGGAGUUCCCGUCUUUAGAACUCUCUGCAGCCUUUCUCCUCAGCCAGCUGCCCCUGCUCAAGCCCCGCCUCUACUCCAUCAGCUCCUCUCCUCAGCUCCACCCCAACGAGCUACAUCUCACUCUGACAGUGCUCAACUAUCACACACAAGAUGGACAGGGUCCUCUUCACCAAGGGGUCUGCAGCACCUGGCUGGAUACCAUUAAGAAAGGAGACCUGGUACCAUGUUUCAUCUACAGUUCAGGUGGGUUCCACCUCCCAGCAGAUCCCAGCACUCCAGUCAUUCUGGUGGGGGCUGGCAGUGGCAUCGCGCCCUUCCGAAGCUUCUGGCAACAACGGCUACAUGACAUGAAACACCCAGGUUUCUCUGGAAGUCCUAUGAGCCUUGUGUUUGGCUGCCAGAGUUCAGAGACAGACCAUUUAUACAAAGAGGAGACACUGGAGAUGAGAAGGCUAGGGGUCCUGAAGAGUGUUACAUCCACAUAUUCCCGCCAGCCAGGUCACCCAAAGGUCUAUGUCCAGGAUGUCCUUAGGGAGAGGAUGGCAGGGGAGGUGCUGAGUGUGUUGCACCAGAAGGAGGGUCACCUCUACGUGUGCGGGGGUGUGAACAUGGCCCAAGGAGUUACUCUAGCAGUACAGGAUAUUCUGAGCAGCCAGCUUGGCAUCACCCUCACCCAGGCAGGAGAAUACCUGGCCCAACUAAAGAUUCAUAAGAGGUACCAUGAGGACAUUUUUGGAGCCCAGUUUCAGAAGUGAGGUGGUCGGGCUCUGUUGGCUUGUGGGAAUAAACUCAAUGGAUGGAGAAAGAUCUACACAUAACAUGCAUUUUUCUCUCUUCAUGUGAUGCCCUGUUUUUGUUUUUGGUGAUAGAUUAUGAUUGUCACUUUGGAACAUCUAUGUAGCUGUUGGUGGUCCCAAAUAAACCAGCAGGCCAUCCUUUGGCCCUCUGCUUGAAAAAGUACCACAUUUUACAGUUUUCACUUUAUUUAUUUUUGCACUGUAAGUAUAAUUCAAAGAGAAGAUUAUAACAUUUACAUUCACGUGAUGAUAUUAAAGGUUGAAUAUAGAUGCAUAGGUGAUAAGUCUAUGUAGCGUUUGUGCAAUAUAACAGAAUGUACAGGAAUGUGGGAUUGUUGACUCUGAAUUAUAAAUAAUGGAAAUAUGCUUGUAUACAGAAUGUGUUUUACAU